AUGUCCGGUCGCGGCAAAGGCGGUAAAGUGAAGGGGAAGGCAAAGUCUCGAUCAGCUCGUGCCGGUCUCCAGUUCCCGGUGGGCCGUAUCCAUAGGCUGCUGCGCAAGGGCAACUAUGUGGAACGCGUCGGUGCCGGCGCGACCGAGAAAAAGGCUAGUCCUCGGGAAUGCUCGCUGCCUGUUUUUCUCAUUCCGCUGACCGACGCGCUAGCGAACGCACGUAUGUGCUCGCUAGUCCCGCCGCCGUCUCGCUGUUCUCUGCUCCCUCGAGCAAACCACCGCGCGCGCGAUCAACCACCGCGCGCGCGCACGUCGGGGCGUAGCGCGGCCGUAGUUACGUUCGCGCGUUCUUAUUCGUCACCGCGUCAAAAGUUCCAAGUAUAUCCAGUAAGGCCAUGUCGAUCAUGA